AUGCGUUUCGCCUCGGUCGCCCUCGUCGCUGCCGCGAUGAGCCUCCUCGUCUCUGCCCUGCCCACCCAAAUCAACGAUGAGGGUGUCAAACCGUUGCCGGAGGGAGAACCUCCGUUCGCAUACCACGGUGCCCUGGAGCACCCUCCUCUUGCCCCCGCUGUCCCUGCCGCCCCUGCCGCUCCUGUCAACAAGCAGCGGGAAGCAGAAGGCGAUGCGCCUGAGGAGCACCCCGAGCCUACCACACCAGCGUCCACAGAGCCAGAGCCUGAGGGGGGAGUCGAUGUUGCGGGCGCCCCGGCUGGGAUCGUGGAUCGCAGCGACGACUAUCUGGGCCAGUCCGUCGUGUACAACAACUGCCCCUUCGCCGUGCACAGCAACAUCGUGCACGGACCCCGUCCUGGGGUUGAAGGCCCGCCGGAGGAGAUUUACUCGAUCCUCCAGCCCCAGCAGGUGCUGUCGCACCCCUUCGCCCACGACCCCCAAAUGGGGGUCAGCUGGAAACUGUGGCGGACCGACGUCGACAACACGGCGCCGGUCCAGUUCGAGUGGACCUGGCACAACUCCUUCCAGCGCACCUGGUACGAUCUGAGCAUGAUCAACGCCGGGAAGGCCGCAUGGCUCAACGAAGACGCCCACCAGGGCGAAGCCAUUGUCGGCGAUAAGGACGGACUGGGCGCUUACGUCGGCGAGGUCGCCAUCAAGCAUGCCUUCAAGGAAGAAGGCAUGACCUUGACCCCGAACGUCGUUGGGGGCAACUGUGUGCCCCUGCACUGUGCGCCCGGGGAGGAGUUCUGCACGGCCUCGUACAACGUGCACAACGACUGGGGCCAGCAGCAUGACUGCGGGGAGGCCGUCGACCUGACGUUGACGCUGUGCGGUUGA